AUGUCACAUUUAAUAUAAAACAUACACUGAUUUAAAUUCAUCGAGUAUAUACAAAUAUUCCUAAGCCAAAAAAAAAGAAUAUUGUUGCAAAUUAUCUAAGCAGUUAAUUGCCGCUAUAAUCAUAAAAAUGAUUCGGUGUCUUGGCCGCCAAAAAUGGCUUUCAAAAGCUUUAGUUCGCUCUUGUGGGGCAGCAGUGAUCGAGACUGAAUCUAAUCAAACAAAGAUCUCCAUGGAGCAAACGAAAGGCACUAAAAUAAAAGACGAAUCCAAGCCUAGCGAACGCUAUUUAAAAUUCAAGGAGAAACUGCGAUCCAGCGCACCCGUUAUAGCCGUACCAAAAGGAAUGCCACAUCCGGCUCAUGAAAAGGAGCCACUGAUGCCGUGGCCAAACAAUACCAAUCCGUACACAGGUGAAAUUGGUGGACCGCGCGGACCAGAGCCCACGCGCUAUGGUGACUGGGAAAGCAAGGGCCGGGUUACAGAUUUCUAAAAAUGUUAAACAUCUUACGGAACGGUAGCCGGGAGAUUGUUCAACCUUUAUCAUUGUUGUUUGCUGUUCUGCGAAGGCAUUACAUAAAUUUCAGUCUUGUGGUUUUCAGAAUUUAUGUUGCACCAACAAUAAAAUAUAAAUU